GCCGCUGGUCUGUGUGGGUGGGAGCGGGAGGCCGGGCGGCGCGGCGGGCAUGGGCGGCGGCGGUGGGGAGUGAGGGGUCCGCCACGAUGUGGCUGAAGCCCGAGGAGGUGCUGCUGAAAAAUGCCCUCAAGCUGUGGGUGCAGGAGCGCUCCAACCAGUACUUCGUGCUGCAGAGGCGGCGGGGCUACGGCGAGGAGGGCGGAGGCGGGCUGGCAGGUCUUCUCGUGGGAACAUUAGAUGCGGUGUUGGAUUCUACAUCGAAAGUCGCCCCAUUUCGCAUCCUGCAUCAGACACCAGAUUCUCAAGUCUACUGGUCCAUUGCAUGUGGAUCCAGCAGAGAAGAAAUAACAGAACACUGGGACUGGCUAGAACACAAUGUUAUGAAGACUUUAUCAGUAUUUGAUUCAAAUGAAGAUAUUACGAGCUUUGUCCAGGGAAAGAUAAGAGGUUUGAUUGCUGAAGAGGGAAAAGGUUCUUUUGUAAAAGAAGAUGAUCCUGAGAAGUUCCGUGAAGGUCUUAUGAAGUUUGAAAAAUGUUUUGGAUUACCAGAGCAGGAGAAGUUGGUUACUUAUUACUCAUGCAGUUACUGGAAGGGUAGAGUGCCCUGUCAAGGAUGGCUUUAUCUUAGUACCAACUUCCUUAGCUUUUACUCAUUUUUGCUGGGAGCAGAAAUAAAACUUACUAUCUCCUGGGAUGAAAUAUCAAAACUUGAGAAGACUUCCAAUGUGAUUCUGACAGAGAGCAUUCAUGUGUGCUCCCGUGGGGAAGAUCACUAUUUUUCCAUGUUUUUGCACAUUAGUGAAACGUUCCUUCUCAUGGAACAGCUGGCAAGCUAUGCUGUUAGGAGACUUUUUGACAAGGAGACAUUUGAAAAUGACCUAGUCCUUCAUGACCCCCUGCAGAUCACCAAGAGAGGCCUAGAAAGCCGUGCCCACAGUGAGCAGUUUAGUGCAUUCUUCAGGCUACCCAAAGAAGAGACCUUGAAGGAAGUUCAUGAGUGCUUCUUAUGGGUUCCUUUCAGUCAUUACAACACCCAUGGGAAAAUGUGCAUUUCAGAAAACUACAUCUGCUUUGCCAGCCAGGAUGGCAGCCUGUGCAGUGUAAUCAUUCCAUUAAGAGAGGUCACAGGGGUGGAUAAGGCAGAUCCAGCUAACAGAGGAGUCAGCAUUAGUACCAAAGGAAAAACAGCUUUUCGUUUCACAGAGGUUAGAGAUUUCGAACAGCUUGUGGCAAAGCUCAGAAUGAAAUGCAAUGCGACUUCAAGUCCACAACACAUCAUAAAUACAGAGGUUGCAGCUAGUUCUGCCUCUGACAGUCCAAAGGAUUUUGAUGCGGGACCGUCAAAAAUGGGUCAGAGAGAUAACAGCAAAACUGUCAGUACGGAAGCCCUAAUGACUGUUUACCAUCCUCAGGAUGCUGAGAAUCUAGACUCUAAAAUGUUGAAAGAAAAAAUGAAAGAACAGUCCUGGAACAUCCUCUUUGUCGAACGUGGACAUGGUGUCAGUAUGUUUAGAACAAAGAAGACUCGAGACCUAGUUGUAAGAGGGAUCCCGGAGGCAUUAAGAGGAGAGCUGUGGCUACUCUUCUCAGGUGCUGUAAACGAUAUGGCAUCCAACCCUGGUUAUUACACUGAGUUGGUGGAAAAGUCCUUAGGAACAUGUACUUUAGCUACUGAUGAAAUUGAACGAGAUUUACGGCGCUCCUUACCUGAGCAUCCUGCUUUUCAAAGUGACACAGGAAUUUCUGCACUAAGGAGAGUUCUUACAGCUUAUGCAUACAGGAAUCCCCAAAUUGGAUAUUGUCAGGCAAUGAAUAUUUUGACAUCAGUACUUCUGCUGUAUGCUAAAGAGGAGGAAGCAUUCUGGCUUUUGGUUGCUGUGUGUGAAAGGAUGCUACCUGAUUAUUUCAAUCGUCGAAUCAUUGGUGCCUUGGUAGAUCAGGCAGUGUUUGAGGAGCUCAUCAGGGUUCAUCUGCCUCAGUUGACAGACCACAUGACGGACAUGACUUUUUUCUCCUCGGUCUCUCUCUCCUGGUUCCUUACCCUUUUUAUCAGUGUGCUGCCUAUUGAAAGUGCAGUCAAUGUGGUGGACUGUUUCUUCUAUGAUGGAAUAAAGGCAAUCUUGCAGCUGGGUCUCGCAGUGCUGGAAUACAACAUGGAGAAGUUGCUGACUUGUAAGGAUGAUGCAGAAGCAGUCACUGUUCUCAACAGAUUUUUUGACAGUGUCACGAACAAAGACAGUCCUUUGCCUCCAGCUGUGCAGCAGGGCUCCAACCUCAGUGAUACAAAGAGUGACCAUCCAAGAGUGGACAUUACUGAUUUGAUCCGAGAGUCAAAUGAAAGAUAUGAUGAUAUUCGAUAUGAGGAUGUUGAGAGCAUGCGCUGCAGGAACAGGCUUUAUGUGAUCCAGACGUUAGAAGCUACGACCAAGCAGAAUGUGCUACGUGUUGUGUCUCAGGAUGUAAAAUUCAGUCCCAGUGAUCUUGAAGAGCUUUAUGAAUUAUUCAAGAAGGAGCACUUUCUUUCAUGUUAUUGGAAUGUAAAUAGUCCUGUCUUGCAACAUCAUGAUGCCAGUCUGCCGUAUCUUGACCAGUAUCGGAUUGAUUGCCAGCAAUUCAGGGUUCUCUGUCAUCUCUUGAGCCCCUGGUCACACUGUGCAAACAGAGACUCGCUUGCAUUGUGGACAUUCAGACUGCUGGAUGAGAGCUCCGAUUGCCUUAUAAACUUCAAACAAUUUGCCUGUGUUCUUGAUACCAUGUAUAAUGGAAGUUUUACUGACAAACUCAAGCUUCUUUUUAAGUUGCACAUCCCUCCAGCUUUUACUGAAGUAGAAUCUCUAAGCCCUUCCAAAGGUGUUGAUCUUUCGAAAGAAGAGCUGAUCCACUUCAGCCAACUCAGUGUUUCAUCUGUUGGGGAUAGUCUUGAAAGCGAUUCUUUGAAGAGCAGCCCAGAAAAAGUAGGGAAGGGGAAGGUUGAUAUUCAGGCAUAUCUGAAGCAAUGGCAAGAUGAACUUCUUAAGAAAGAAGAAAACAUUAAGGAUUUGCCAAGAAUGAAUCAGUCUCAGUUCAUCCAAUUCUCAAAAACUCUGUACAAUCUGUUCCAUGGGGAUCCUGAGGAGGAACUGUUGUAUCGGGCUAUAGCAGUGGUUACCAGCCUUCUGCUGAAAAUGGAAGAAGUUGGGAGAAGACUGCAGAGUCCCACAUCUCCAGUCAAAAGUCCAGUUGCUGUUUUGGAGGUGCCUGCUGAAAUCCCCAGAAAAGCACAGGACGAAAGCAGCUCUGAGCAGACUGAAGGCAGUAGAGCACAGAGUUUGAGAGGGAACCAAGAAUGGUCUUUUGCCUUUGAACAGAUUCUGGCAUCCUUAUUAAAUGAGCCAGCCUUUGUGAGAUUUUUUGAGAAACCUCAUGACAUAAAAGUUAAAAUAGAGAGUGCUAAAAAUUUACAACUUAAAGCAAGAACCAGAAUGUAAUUUUCUUUACCUUUGAGUCUGAAUUAACCACAUAAAGCGCUUACAGGUGAAGGUUGUUACUAUGGAAGUUGAGUCUGGUGUUUACAUAGGGAAUGGAGUUUGAAGAGUUAGCUUUAAAUAUCAGCUUACUGGUAUGUAAUGUAAAUAAAAAUAGUUUGAAGCACAA